AUGCAACUGUUUAGUUUCUUAGUCACCGCUCCACUACUUGCUUCCAUUCUUGAAGUGCAAGCAUGGUCUCCGCACAAUAGUUAUACACCAGCAAAUGUCACUUGUCCAAACGAUUUUAAUUUGAUUAGAGAAGGUGCAAGCUCAUUAUCAAGUAAUGAGACUGAAUGGUUGAGCAGAAGAGAUGAAAUCACCAAAGCUGCUUUGAAAGAAUUCUUACAAAGAGCUACCUCUAAUUUCACCGAUUCCUCGAUCGUUAAUGAAAUUUUCGGUGCAUCAAACUCAUCAAAUUCUUCUAAUUCUACUGUCUCGAAAUUAAGGGUCGGUAUUGCUGCCUCAGGUGGUGGUUACAGAGCUAUGUUGAGUGGUGCAGGUAUGGUUGCUGCUUUCGAUAACAGGACCAUUGGCGCAAAUGCAUAUGGUUUCGGUGGUUUAUUACAGGGUUCUACUUACCUCUCUGGUUUAUCAGGUGGUAAUUGGUUAACUGGUACUUUAGCAUGGAAUAAUUGGACUUCAGUUCAAGAUAUUAUCGACAAUACAUACACCGACAACUCCAUUUGGGACAUUACAGAUGGUUUGGUUUCAGGAACCGCUAAUAACACGCUAAUGUGGGAAACUAUAUUUGCUGAAGUUGCUGGUAAAAGUGCAGCUGGUUAUAAUACUAGUUUGGCAGAUUACUGGGGUCGUGGUUUGGCUUACAAUUUCUUCCCAAAUUUACCAAAUGGUGGAUCGGGUUACACUUGGUCAACUUUAAGAGAUUCCAAUGUCUUCUUAAACGCUGAAAUGCCUUUCCCAAUCACAGUCACUGAUGCAAGAGAUCCAAACACCACUAUUUCUUACGUUAACUCUACUAUUGUCGAAUUUAAUCCAUUCGAAAUGGGUUCUUGGGAUCCAUCUUUGAACUCUUUUGCUGACGUUAAAUACAUUGGUUCUGCUGUCAACAACGGUUCCCCAAUUGUCGAUGGUGUUUGUGCCGCUGGUUUCGAUAAUGCUGGUUUUAUUAUUGGUACUUCUUCAACUUUAUUUACCCCUGCUAUGUCUUCAGCUGUCGGUACCCUUUUAGGUAAUUCAAGUUCUACAGUAGGUACCUUUUUGGUUAACGAAAUUGCUGUCGAUACUAAUGAUGUCGCUAAUUUCGGUCCAAAUCCAUUUUAUGGUUCUUCUUUUGGUAUUUCAAACAUUGGUAAUAAGGAUAUCUUGACUUUAGCUGAUGGUGGUGAAGACAAUAUCGAAUUACCAUUGAUUGCUUUAAUACAAAAACAACGUGAUUUAGAUGUUGUUUUUGCUCUUGAUAAUUCAGCUGAUACCGCUGAAAACUGGCCAGAUGGUAAUGGUUUGAUUAGUGCUUACCGUAGACAAUUCUACCCACAAGGUUCAAAUAUUUCUUUCCCUUACGUUCCAGAUGCCGAAACUUUCGUUAGCGAAGGCUUAAACAAAAGACCAACUUUCUUUGGUUGUGAUGCCGCCAACUUAACUAAUUUGGCUUAUGUCCCACCUUUAAUUGUUUACUUACCAAAUUAUGAAGUGUCUUAUGCUAGUAACACAUCCACUUUACAACUAGCUUACAAUGAAACUGAACGUUUAUCUAUGAUUCAAAAUGGUUUUGAAGCUGUUACUAGAGGUAACUUCACUGAAGAUUCGAAAUUCUUAGGUUGUGUUGCUUGUGCAGUUAUGAGACGUAGUCAAGAAUCUUUGGGCUUAGAUUUACCAUCUGAAUGUCAAUCUUGCUUUGAUACAUACUGUUGGGAUGGUAGUCUAUCAGAUAGUGCUGCUUUGGACUCAGCAGCAAACUCUACUUCCACUAUCUCUUCUACAUCAGCUUCUAACUCUACUACCAUGAGCAUUAGUAUGACUACUUCAACUUCUGCAUCAUCUUCGAACAAUAACGGUACCUCUGCAUCUUCUAAUUCCACUCCAUCCAGAAGUUCUACCAGCUCUCAUAAUGGUGCUACUUCUCUUGAUGUCACUACCAAGAUUACUUUGGUGACUGUCUUUAUCUUUAACUUUUUGUUGGGUAACUUUUAA